AACAUUCUGCGUCACAAACGCAAAUUUGUUUUCUGCUUAAAUCGCGAUUUGGCGCCUUCACAAGCAAAUAGUUGGCUGUGUUGGCCAGUGUAGUGGGCACUCUAUCACUAUCAGUAUCACUCCGCAAGCGAAAGCCAUAAAAAUUGGAAACCAAAUCGUUUCGGCACUGACCUUUGAGCCGCUGGUACAACGUCUGGUCUCGUCGUGGAUGGCUGGAUCCCAGCCAUUGCGCCACAUAUGAAUCAGUCGAUCGAGGAGCCCAUGCAAAUCUCGGGAAGAGCGGACUUGGGCACUAUCGGGCACUAUUGGCAAUUUGAAAUCGUGGAGAAUCGGGAGACGAUAAGCAAUCGUUUCUGCUGAUAACGCAGCGCAUACAAAACUCUUGGCCCGGCUAAUUGCUGUUCCAGUUGCAGCUAGUGCUCCACUGCUCCACCAUGAGCAUCCUGCUGCGCUUCAUAGUCUUCUGCCUGGAUCCACUGGGUCUGGGCCGUCGCUUUCUCAUCCGGCCGGCCGUCAAUCUGAGCUGGAAUGUCUACGAUCGCGUCCGCAGCAAGGCGGACGAGAAGGUGGGCACCGUGCGGGAGCUGGUCCUCCGACUGGGCCUGAUCGCCUUCGCCGUGGUGCUCAUCAUCUGGCUGGCGGUCUUCAUGUACGCCGCCUUCUACUACGUCUACAUGCCGGCCAUAUCGCACACCCGCCCCGUACACAUGCAGUUCAAAACCUGCUUGGAGACCAGCACGCCCUGCACCUUUCCGCACGCCCACGUCUCGCUGACCAAGAAGCAGCAGCUCCUGAUGGUUGGCCAGGCGUACAAGGUGAUCGUGAACAUCGACAUGCCCGAAUCGCCACAGAAUCUGGAGCUGGGCAUGUUCAUGGUGUGCGCCGAGAUGCGGGACUACGACUCGAUGCUGCGUGGCCACUCCUGCCGCUCGGCCAUGAUGCGCUAUCGCUCGCCACUGAUACGCAUGAUCUCCACGUGGGCAUUGAGUCCGCUGUAUGUGCUCGGCUGGAAGGAGGAGUUCCAGCAGGUGCCGGUGGAGAUAUUCUCGCGCUACCUGGAGGAGCGGCAGCAUCCCAUUACGGAUGUCUAUGUGGAGAUACAGUCGCAGAAGAUCCAGUUCUACACGGUGACGCUGCACAUUGUCGCCGAUUUUACCGGCCUGCGGUACAUCAUGUUCAACUGGCCAGUGCUGUCGGCCAUAGUGGCCAUUAGCACCAAUCUGUUCUUUAUACUGGUCGUCUUUCUGCUCAGCUGGUACCACUGGUCCGACGCCAAGUGGCUGCACAGCAUGCAAAUCAAGUACGCCCGCCUCACGAAGUCGCUCGAACCCGGCGUAAUCCUCUCCGGAGCGAGCAGCCUGCGGGAUGACGACGUGGGCGGUGACACGCUGAGCGACGUGGAUGCCGAUGAUUUGGUGUUGGUGAAGAAGUCCGGCAGCGGCAAGCGGGAAUCCCCCGAUGCACUGCGUAAGCGUCACUCGAAGAAGACCACCGCGGACCAUUGAAAAGUGAAGGAGGUGAGAUGACAUAUGAAAUGAGAUGCGAUGAGACGAAGGAAGGACCACCAUUUACCACCGAAGGCUAGACCACCGCCCAUGCGACGCUUGAGCCAAAGACUAAAUAGAUUUAGGACUAAGUUAGUGAACACAGCUGCCAGCUGAAGUAUUCCGGCGGAUUAGCCCACAGAGCUCUGUUUGUGCUUCAAGCAGCCAACACUAGUUCGACAUUAGCUUACUUAUGUGGUGGAUGUAUAGAUGUAUAGGUAUUAUGGCCCCGGUUAUACACUUUUAUGCUGUACAGAAGAAGCUUUUUACAUUGAUGAACUUGCCAUUUCCCUGUACAUUACCAUUUGUUACCAUUGCACUAAGCUUAAGAAGAAUUCAUUCCAUUUGAGAUGAGAUUGUGUAUAUGAAUUUUACACUAAUUAAACUGUUUCCCUUGAGAUUUUCCAAGCAA